CAUGGGCUAGCAAAGGGGUACAUUCCUGAGUAAAAGCUGGUGUGGCAGAUGUGCUGACAGGGAAUCUCAGGAUCUCAGUAUCUGGCUACAGCUUUGCUGUUUUCUUUUUGUAUACAUUUUUUAGUCCUCUUUAACUGCUGAUUCAAUUUGGGUUUGGUUGUGGGGUAUAGAGAAAUGGCUUGUGCAUUUCUAUUAACUAUAAGAUUUAAGUUAUUCUGUAUUUCAGUCAACCGUUCUGAGUUCCUACUACGUGCCACAAAUGCAACUGGUAUUGAGUAUGUCGUGAUGGGUGGGUCGGGACAGGAUUUCCUUGCUUUGAGCAUUGAUUUCUGCUGGUUCAGUGUUGGCCGGUUCUUUGACGGUGGUAAUGCAAGUUGCUGUCUUCUUCCUCUAGGAGCCUCAUGAUGAUUGUAAAGACUGUCUUAUAAAAUUGCAUCAGUUCAGUAAUCUUUCUUUGAGUAUCCGCUCUGGCGCAGGCACUGUGCUGGGUACUAGGGUUUCAGAAAGGAUGCCGGGAGAAGUUUUCCUUUAGCAGCAAAGUCCGGCAUGUAAAGCAAGCAUUACAGAGCACUGGCUGGCAGCAAAGGGGAACAAGGCUAGUGCAGAGGGGGAGGUGGCCUCCACUGACCUUCAGAAACAGAAAGGUGAUGCUGUCAGAGCUGGGAAGCACAUGGACAAGGAGAAAGGGUGCAGUCAGUGCAGACACCUGGAUGCUUAAGAACACAGUCUGGUGUGAUUGGAAAAUUCAAAGCUUGGUCUGUUUUUCCAAAACAUUUAUAGAGAAAAGUUUGCUACUCUUUUCCCUCAGUUGCACCAUUUAGUGAAAGCUUCUUCGGACUCUGCCUUCUUCAAACAACUUGAGAGAUGAGAGAGGGUCUUGCAGUUAUAAGUGCCUGUGACCAGAAACUCUAGCUACCUGGUGGACUUGGAGCCUCAACCAAGGGUGGUGUCAAGGGACCACAAGAGCCCUGAUGUGGAAUUUCAGAUGAGUGCCCUGAGGCCAUGACAGGGCACAGGCUGUGAAGGCUGAGGCCAUCUGAUGGUUGCAAGACUGUCGUUGGACCCAGCUAUUUGGAGGAACUCUUCUUUCCUGGGAAACCACACCUUGGAGAGUAGGUACUGGGCAGCGGCUCCCUGAGCCUCCAGUCCUGUGACAGUGAAUCAGGCCCUUCCUGCCAUGUUGUUUCAUUCAGACAUGUCAAAGUCAAGUUCCAAGUCCACUAUUUCCAAAUCACUCAUGCAACUUUGAAAGUUACUUGUGUUUCCAAACCUCACAAUACUCAGCUAUAAAUGGAGCUCAUAAAAUCUGCUGCCUAUAGUAAGUCUGUAAAACCUUACUAAUAUGGAAACCUUAAUACGGAAAGUCCCCCUGAGUGAUAACACAGUGCACAGCAGGGAUGGCAGGCUUGUCUGCCACUGUCUGACAGAUCAAGUUGCCUCUCUAGUGACCUUGAGUCCGACUUGAUCACACUGACUUUCACUGCCCCUUAUCACAGAUGCAUGUCCUUGGGUGGAAAGAUGAUGAACUUUUAGAGUCAGAUAGACCUGGGCUGGAAUUCUGGUUCUAGAACUGAUUUGCUGUUGACGUUAGAGAGACCCUAGAACCUUGCUAAGCCUCAGUUUUUUCAUUUCCUAAAAUAGGGUUGUCAAUAACUCUAUCAUAGUGUUGUGGUAAAGGUUCAAUGAGAUAUUGCAAGGAAAGUGACUACCAUGUAGUAGGCCCUCCUUAAAUGCUACUUGCCUUCUUUUCUCUGGUUUUUCUUCAGCUGUCAUAUGGUCAUGUGAUUACCUGUGUUGGGUAUCUGUGGAAAUUGAAUUCCUUAGUUUCUGGUAAUACAAGCUUCCACUCUCCACCUCAUGAUCUUAUAUCUGAAUUCUUCUUCCACUGUGUGCAUUUAAUCAUUUCCACAACUUCAGCAGUCCAAGAUAGGAACCCAUCAUUCCCAGAGCCACUGGUUCCUGAGGUCUGGGAUGGUGGAAGCACUGCUUUGGUUGGUACUGCCAAUGGAGUCCAGGAAUGAGCUGGAUGUCAGUUCGUGAAGGAGUUCCCAGGGAAGAGCCUGGAGCUCGGGGCUGCUGAGUUAUGGCUGCGGCUUCACACCACCGUCUUCACUAUUCCCCAUCACCUCCACAUGGUCCCCAGGCUGAGCUGCUGCUGUCUCUGUUCAGAAUACCUCCUGUGCUUUUUUGCUUACCUUGUUCAAAUCCAAUGAAUACCAUCCUCUUGUUUUGUGCUCCCGACACUUUGCAAAUCACAUAGGGCAGAGAGAAUUAUUCUAAAAAACUCAGGAGCAGAAAUAUUAAGUGACCUGUCCGAGGUCACCAGGAAUGGGGAUAAGAGCCCAGGUUUUGUGAACACCCAGUCCAGUACUACUACUACCUUUUCCUGAUAUCCACAGAAGCAGGAUCCAUGGGAAGAGACCUCAGAUCCCUAGUGGGUUAGCAAAAUCCCGGAGGUGAUUGCUUUGAUUCACUAUUGUAAAUAAACCCAGUGAAUGGGGAAAGAAUGUAAUGUUUUCCAAAAGAUACAGACAUUAUUUGAGUUCAAAGUACUUCCAGUUUCCAUUCAGUUACACAAUAAAUUCUGAGAAAACAAAGUAGGUGUUUACCCAGAAAUAAAGAGGACAAUUCAGGCUCUAUUUGCUCAAUGAAAUCUAUUUUCCAGAGCUUUUUGCAGUUCUGUGCAUGUUGUAGUGGAAAGGUCAUGGGUUAUGGAAUCAAGUCCACUUGGAUUUGAACCUCAGUGCAACCAUUUCCUCAGCUCUGUGAGCUUGGACACUUCCCUUGACUUUUCAGAGCCUCAGGUUGCUAAUCCAUAAAAUGGAGAUGAUAACACCUUUAGGUUAGGAGAUGCCCUUCAUAUUAGAUUAUGCUAUGCUUGGUGCCCCCAGAGUUGUGUCUCAUGGUGGCCCUGGUUAUGGCGAAGUUAAGUGAAGUAACAUCUAGCAUGCUUAAUGAAUUUUUGUUUCCAUUUCCUUAGUUGGCUGCAUGUCUGCUAUCUUACCUAGAUUUCCUAGCCUCUAUCAUGAGGUGAGUCAGCUUCCUGUCUCCGUAGUGCUCUUCUUGCAGGGUACUGCACGAAACUAUGUGGUGGAGAUAACCCCUGAUCUUCUCAUGCAGGAGUCCAACAUCGCAGCCCUUAGAGAGUUGCAUCAUAAGUCUAUGGCAUCAUCUAUAACGAGAAGUCUUUUUCUGGCUAUUUUGAAGGCUUGUUUUCCUGCUCGGAACAAAGUGGCUUCCCUGAACACAUCUUCAUUAUGAUUCACACCAACUUGAAGAAGAAGUUCAGCUGCUGUGUCCUGGUCUUUCUUCUGUUUGCAGUCAUCUGUGUGUGGAAGGAAAAGAAGAAAGGGAGUUACUAUGAUUCCUUCAAAUUGCAAACCAAGGAAUUCCAGGUGUUGAAGAGUCUGGGGAAAUUGGCCAUGGGGUCUGAUUCCCAGUCUGUAUCCUCAAGCAGCACCCAGGACCCCCACAGGGGCCGCCAGGCCCUCGGCAGUCUCAGAGACAUACCCAAGGCCAAACCAGAGGCCUUCUUCCAGGUGUGGAACAAGGACAGCUCUUCCAAAAACCUUAUCCCUAGGCUGCAAAAGAUCUGGAAGAAUUACCUAAGCAUGAACAAGUACAAAGUGUCCUACAAGGGGCCAGGACCAGGCAUCAAGUUCAGUGCAGAGGCCCUGCGCUGCCACCUCCGGGACCACGUGAAUGUAUCCAUGGUAGAGGCCACAGAUUUUCCCUUCAAUACCUCUGAAUGGGAGGGUUAUCUGCCCAAGGACAGUAUUAGGACCAAGGCUGGGCCUUGGGGCAGGUGUGCUGUUGUGUCGUCAGCGGGAUCUCUGAAGUCCUCCCAACUAGGCAGAGAAAUCGAUGAUCAUGACGCAGUCCUGAGGUUUAAUGGGGCACCCACAGCCAACUUCCAGCAAGAUGUGGGCACAAAAACUACCAUUCGCCUGAUGAACUCUCAGUUGGUUACCACAGAGAAGCGCUUCCUCAAAGACAGUUUGUACAAUGAAGGAAUCCUAAUCGUAUGGGACCCAUCUGUAUACCAUUCAGAUAUCCCAAAGUGGUACCAGAAUCCGGAUUAUAAUUUCUUUAAUAACUACAAGAGUUAUCGUAAGCUGCACCCCGAUCAGCCCUUUUACAUCCUCAAGCCCCAGAUGCCUUGGGAGCUGUGGGACAUUCUUCAGGAAAUCUCUCCAGAAGAGAUUCAGCCAAACCCCCCAUCCUCUGGGAUGCUUGGUAUCAUCAUCAUGAUGACCCUGUGUGACCAGGUGGAUAUUUAUGAGUUCCUCCCAUCCAAGCGCAAGACCGACGUGUGUUACUACUACCAGAAGUUCUUCGAUAGUGCCUGUACGAUGGGUGCCUACCACCCACUGCUCUAUGAGAAGAAUUUGGUGAAGCAUCUCAACCAGGGCACAGAUGAGGACAUCUACCUGCUUGGAAAAGCCACACUGCCUGGCUUCCGGACCAUUCACUGCUAAGCACAGGCUCUUCACUCUUCUCCAUCAGGCAUUAAAUGGAUGGUCUCUUGGCCACCCCAGCCUGGGAAGAACAUUUUCCUGAGCAAUUCCAGCCUGUUCCUUUUCCUCUAGGGGCCUCUGUCAGCAAGAGCACUGGGGCUUCAGGAGCCUGUGGUCAAGAAAUCAGGUCCAGGAGCUUGUGGUCAAGAAAUCAGGUCCGGCCUUCUCUGUAGCCAGGCAGUUUAUGAGCCCAGAGCUUCCCGCCACACACAUGCACACAUGUCUAGCAUUCUUUCCAGACAGCAUCCUCCCCACCUUCCACUGUGGUAGAUGCAAGAUCUGCCUCCCCCAUCAGGGCUGCCAAAGCUGGGCUUGGUUUUUCCCAACAGAAUGAUGCCAUUCUCACAAACCAAAGCUCUAUAUUGCUUGAAGUCUGCAUCUAAAUAUUGAUUUCAUGUUUUAAAGAAAUUCUCCCAAAUUACAAUUGUGCCCAAUGGAGGGUGGCUCUGGGGGGCAAGUAGGUGGUACAGGGGAUUGGAAACAUGCUCCGCGCAUCCAGAAAAAAGUUGCUUCCGAGGUCCAUGCCCCUGGAACAUGUUCCUAUCACUCUGGCUGGUUAGGCUGGCCCUUAGACUGGGUGCUUGUGAGCAAAGGGCCUUGGUUAGCCCACUUUCCCUCUCCAUGUGGAGACGGAAGGUAGAGAAGGGUAUAGUGUCUGUCCUCGAGUUGCUACAGUUCAGUGAGAGAGGCAGACAUGUGAACAGGCAGAUAGGAUUCAGUGUGCUCAGUGCACUGGGGAUCUGUAGAGACAUGGGCUUGCUCUCUGUGCACCCAGGAGGGCCACGCACUUAAACUGUGUGUGUGGAUCAGAGAAGGCUUUAGAGCACAGCGGGCACUCAGAUGAGUCUUAGAGGAAGAGAAGAAACAUGGCAAGCAGAUUACAUCUGAGCCAUUUGAGUUGCAUUUUUCUUUCUUCCCAUAUUUACUUUCUAAGAUCUACCUGAACUUAGAGACCCAAGAUAUUUUUUUAGGAAACUUCCUACCCAUGUCUGAGGUAGCAAGUGCAGCCUCAUGACACAUACGAGGCAUUGCAGAUCCCCGAAACCUGAUUUCUCCAGGCUCUGCCUGGCCUGACCCUGUCCUGUCAGCUGGGUUUGCAUACCACAGUCCUAUUCUUCCUUUUCAAUACUUACCCCCAAAUCUCCUCCUAACCACCAUCUGUUUUUUUGUUUUUUUUGUUUUUUUUUUCCUUUUCAAGUCAUCUUCCCCUCCCGAAUUACUUUUAAGCCUUUUUUGCUUUAAAAGCAUCCUGACCCCAAUUUCUUUGAGCGCACGGGCAUUUUGCUGAAGGUCUCUCAAGGAGUAGUGGUGUGGCUCUCUGGACUUACGUCACUCUCAGAGGUCAGAACCUUGGAGAGCAGAACUGAUUCUCACCAGGUGUGAGAGGUGUGCUAGCAGAGUGCAAUGCCCUGCGCCUCUUCCUUGCAAGUGAGCAACAUCAGGCUCUCUGAGCAGAGGCUGGCCCACUGUGGUUCGCAAACACGCUCUCCAGAUGGUUUUACCAAGUCCCCUCUCCCUGAUAGGGAAUCCUGCUGGACCAGCGCAGCCCUGGUGUGGAGAGGUUCAAAGACUUGCACAAGAUCAGCAAGUCAUGCUGUAGAGCCAGGGUUCCCAGACUCAGGGCUCUGCACUCUCAAGGCUGGCCCCAUGUGCUCAAGGGGAUCUAACGUUUGGGCUCCAAACCAACGAUCUCGGAGCUGGGAUCCUCAUUUACUGCCAAACCCUCAGCUUAUGUAGCUAGAAAGGGCCCUGGAGUGAGAAGGCCUGGAUUUUCAAACUGAUGCUCCCCUAUGACUAGCUGUGCCAUUGUGGGCAAAUGCUCUUCGUUGAGCCUCUGUUUCCACACCUGUAAAGUGGUGAUGAUGACCCUGUCUCACAGUGCUGUUGUGAGGAUUACAGGAAAGCCCCUGUCCUGGCUCUGUACCUGGCACAUAGUAGGUGCUCAGUUCAUGCUGGUUUCCUUCCUGCCUUCAGUAGGGACCUGCUCUGUGCUCACACCUCGGCUGCAUGCACCCUGCUGUGACGGAGGCUAGUGGGGAAGAGGUCCUGUUCUCAGGGAAUUAACUGUCUUAUUGGGAGACAACAAUUGCCCUCCUUGGAAUACCCAAGAAACCUUGCAAAACGGUGGACAACACAGAACACGCCCUCCUCCUCGCUGCCUGCAGCUCCAGUCUGAUUCUGCUUGGGAAUGAGCAGAGCACGUGGGCUGCUUAACUGCUGUAUAGGACAAGCCCUUUACCCCAAUCUGGGCCCAUGAAUUCCUGGCUUGGUUUAUGUUCUGAUUUGACACACUCAUUUUAAUCUUCAAAUCAUGACCACUGAGCGCAGAAGAGGUGGCAUUCUGACAGCAGGACAUACAUGUUGGUGUGGAGACUGGGACGACACUGGGUAGAAUCUAGUUUUUAAUUAUUAUUAAUAUAAAGGAUCAAAUUAAUUUAAAUGUGAUUCUGAAGUCUACAGAACUUUUAGUUCUGUGCUGUCUAUAUGUGGACACUUUGGUAAAAUGCAAAUUAUGAUAUGGAUGUUAUCGUUGGUCUGGUGAGAUGUUUCAUAUUUAUGACAGUUAAUUUAGAAAUUAUGACUUAAUGCUGCCUCUGUCUAUGGGGUUCUGUCUUCUUUGAUAGCCAUCUAUUCAUCUGGAUCACGGGGCCCUCUAAUCCUUCCACCAAUCAAAUAAGCUAUUGCUAUUGGUUUGGAGUUGAGACAUCAGUCUCAGAAACUUCUGAAAAAUGCCUAAGCUAAUUCUGAAUUACCCAAGGAUUAUGUCAAAUUUUAAAAUAAAUGUGUGUGUGUGUUUUUAA